UGGGGUAUUAAUGAUCAACGAAUUCGGCUUGUUCGGAUCUGCAAGAUAAGGCUGUCUAUCUUACAGUACGUAUAGUGCCACACCAGCCAUCCGGUGAACGCUGAAAGAAUUGGUCGGAUGUAAUGGUCUGGAAUAUCCUCAUUCCUCACUGGUCUCGAUAAUGAAGACAUGUCCUACCUCUUCCCCUUUUUUUCCCUCCCUUUCUCUUUUUCUACGUUCUUGUUUUCUUUUUGGUUUCGCUGUUCUUGCCUCAAGGUAUUUUUAACAGCAAAGAAACCCCCUGCUCUGAAGAGCUGAGAAAGGGCCCAUCCGGGUGCAUGGCACUAAUUUCCGAUUCUUGCAGCUCGCCAAGGAGUCAAGACCUCGGCGGCGAUCAAUACGGGCCAGCCAGCAGAGACUGCUGUUGGCCACCGGCCAGGCACAGCCUGCCCUCAAACAAUGGCAAUCACACAACUUCCACCUUUUCCAUCUUGAGUUGCAUACGUGGUUCUUUGCACUUUUUGAGUUUUUAUUUUAUUUUUAUUCGUUUUUUUAUCGCUUGCGUCUUUAUCAGCUCGGCUUGAAUGCCUUCGCCUUCGUUACUUCUUUCGGUUUUGAUUUUUCACGGACUAACGUUCGUUUUCAGAUUCUGCAACAGAUGUCAAUUGUCAUGGUGCUUGCUUCGUCACAUUAGCUGAUUGACUGACUGGUCCAUCUCAAAACUGGACGUCGUCUCCUUCAGUCGCCAAGCCAGUAUAAUUUGCCGCCUCGUUUUGGUUGGCUGAUAUAUAUUUUGUUUCUGCACAUAUCAUGCCUGGAAUUUGAAAAGAUAGCAUAGAAUAGUAAUUCUCUGUUCCUCUACUGGCCUCACUUGCGUCAUCGGCGUCUUUCACGAUGCACCUGCCGGCUAGCCUCGUCACACUCACUGUGCUGGCUCUUGCCUGCGCGCAGACCGUCAAGCAGAACCCCAAGCGCGGCCUCGUGUUCGUGCCCAAUGACGCUACUCCAAGGGACAACUACAUUUGGACCAGGCCGCCGACGACGCUUUCGUGGUACUAUAACUAUGGCCCGGAGCUGUCUGUAGUCUUCAACAACCUGACACAGGACCAGUUCGAGUUCGUCCCGAUGCUGUGGGGCGCGUCGUCGGACCCCGAGGUGGCCAGGACGGACACGAACUUUGCGGAAACAGUCAAGGAUGUGAUCAAGAAGCGUGGGGUCAACAUCACGCACGUCAUGGGCUUCAACGAGCCGGACAUGGCGGGUGAUGGCAUGUCCAACAUCAGACCAGACAUCGCAGCGCGUGUCUGGGUCAACAACAUUGUGCCGCUGCAGGAGAUGGGCGUCAAGGCCGGCCUGCCCGCGCCUACGGCCAGUUGGGACGGCAUACCUUGGCUCAGGCAGUUCUUGGGCAACUGCAGCAACAUCAUCAGUACUGGUGGUGAGAGGAAAAAUUGUACAUUUGACUUUGUGCCAAUUCAUUGGUACGGGAACUUUGAGGGUCUGGCGUCCCAUAUCGGGACGUAUGCUGCUGCGUUCCCCGGCAAGAAGAUAUGGGUCACAGAGUACAACGCCGACCACCAGGACCUGGCAGCGACGCAGGAUUUCUUCAAUCGCUCGCUCGAAUAUAUGGACCGGAUCGACGAGGUAGAGCGUUACAGCCUAUUUGGUGCAUUCCGGGCCUCUACUAGUAAUGUUGGCCCGAACGGAGCCAUGCUCUCCGCCGGGGGAGAGCUGACCGACAUCGGGGCGUGGUAUCUCGGUAGGAAUGCCAUGGGAGUGGCGCCGUCGAGUACUGUGGGCAGUGCUGCCACAGAGAUCCAUGUGGGUUUGAGGGAAUGGUUGGUCAUGGUAUUUGCUGCGGUGCUUCUGCUGUAAUGAUCCCUAGCGUGGUAAUACGGAUUUGAGCAUGAAGACAAGGACGAUGGUGGCUGAGCUUCAGCUCCUAUGACUAGAUUACGUACUGCACUUUUAGAGAGUUGCGCCGUAAAAUGGCAUGAUGACGAUGAUCAUACAAGGCUGCAGCUUAACUGUCAGGCACAUAUCCACUCAAGACAUCUCAUGAUAAACAGACAACGUUGAUACAAUGAAGGUAUAUAUGAUCAAGACAAUUUCAAAGGCUCAAAAGGGGUAAUAG